AUGAAGAACGAGUGUCAUGAGAUCAGUUUGGUCCUCUACUGCAUGAAGAUGACAGAUCAUCGAUUCACAAAUGAUGACAAAGUUGCUAUGCAAAAGCUCCAUCAAGCAUUUGGUCAAAAUUUCUGGGAGAGGGUGGUGUUUGUUCUAACCUUUGCAAAUACAGAAACGCUGAAGAAAUGGGACAGAAGAGAUAAAGAUGACAGAAAGCAGAGUCAAGAUACAGCCCAGAAUGCAAGGUUUGAAGUUCUUCCAGCUGGAUAUUAUGACCCAGAAUAUGAUGAUAUUCCUCGUGACAUCAACUGGCAGCGUGACCUUAUUGCUUUUUGUUGCAAUACAAUAAAGCACAAGCACAGAUUGUCAAAACUAAAACUAAAUAAAAAGAUUGCUUUAGCUGUUAUCAUUGAUAAUCGUGGAGAGGUUAAGGUGGAGAAUGAAGAAAAAAUAUUAAAUGAUGAAGCAGCAGCUCUCAAAAAAGCUUUUGAAAAUCUUGAUUUUGCUGUUCUUUACUUCAACAGCCUCUCCUCAGAAUCAAUAGCUACCUUGCUUGAAGCAAUAAGUAAAGUAGAUCAUUCCCAAUUAUCGAUGAUAGCUCUAGUAUUUCUCAGUAAAGGGAAGACUGCUGAGCUUUAUGAUGCUAAUGACUUGGUUGUGCCUUAUUCAGCUUUGUUUUCCCAUUUUGAAAGAUCCCCCAUACCAGCUAUAUUCUUUUUUGAUUCAUUACAUGAUGAUAAAAACAAAAAGGACGACUCCAAAAUUGAUGAUACCAUGGCAGAGAAUAAAAAUGGUUUUCAUUUGCCUCUACAUGUUUGCCCCCAAAGUUCUCUAGUUCUUGCUGCUACACACAAUUCAGCAUCAUCUCCUGUAGUGAAAGAGUUUACAGAAAAGCUGAGCCACACCAGUGUCCAAGAAUGCUUUGAAACAAUAUGUGCUAAUAAUAAUAGCACUACUGUGAAAAGCAUAUGGCAUGACACUGUUAGGAAUUACUUAUUUAUUAUCAAAUCAAUUUAUGACAAGGUUGAAACUCUUGAGCAGAAACUGGAAAUAUACCAUUCAAUAUGGUACCCGAUCCGUUGCAAGACAAUAGAUAAUUUUAAAGAAAGCAAAGAAGAAAUCUUGGCAAUGAUCAAUAAAGCAAGGACAAUUCAAAAAGUAGGUCUUUCAGGCACAGCAGUAUCUAAUGCCCUAGUUAUAACAGGAGCAGUUCUAGCUCCUGUUACUUUUGGUGGGUCUCUUGCAUUAACUGCAAUAGGAAGUGUUGUAGGGUUAGCUGCUGCUAGUGGGGGUUUUGCUGCAGUUGCUUUAGCAGUUUGCAGUAUGAAAAAGUUAAAAAAAAGCACAAGCAGUUAUUGAACUAGAUCAGCAGAUUAGUUUGAUAAUUAAUGAAGAUGCCCAUAAAUAUUAUCAAAUGAUGACGCAACUUACAUCUCAUUCAGCUGAGGCAGGGAAUACGGAAAAAACAGCUGCAGCUGCUGUACAUCCUACUGAUCAUGUUGCUGAAACGACUGGAGCCUCGUCAAAUUCAGCUGUAACAGAUAGUUUGAUUACAUAUCAUAGCUAUCACAUACACAAA